AUGGUGUCGCUAACAUUCAAGACCAGGAAACCAUUCACCGGUCGAGUGUAUGUUCGCGGACUGGCCGACGAUGACCGGUGCUCUCGGAAUUUCGCAUCCAAUGUCGACCAGAACAAAUUCUCGAUGAUGAUCCAAAAUGGUGAUUGCACAAUGCAACGCCAGCGAGUCACCGGCUCUUUGGAGCGGCUAACAUCUGGCAUCGAUAUGUCGCCAGUUGGUACCACCGAACUCCUGGAUACUGCUCGAACGCCAACAUGCACGUACAGCAUCCAUUCCGGAAGCGCUGAUGGACCGCCCGUCUCGUGA